GCCGCCGCCGCCGCCCGGAGCCGGCCGGGCCGCCAUCAUGCUGAGCCGGCUCGGGGCGCUGCUGCAGGAGGCCGUGGGGGCGUCCCUCUCUGCAGGAGACCCUGGGCCUGGUCACCCCAUGGAGGAGGGGUUCCAAAGUGGCCUUUCCUUUCUUUCCUAUCUGUGCCCAGCCUCCACGGCUGUCAUUUUAGAAAGUGAUCUGAUCAACUAAUUCCACCUGUGGGAAAAGGUCUGUCUACAAGGAGGAAGAAUGGGCAGGCCCACCUGUUCCUUAAAAUGCAGGAAGAUCAGGCAUGGCUCUGGAGAUAUUGGGAGCAGAUAUUUUUAGGCAGCGGGAACCCAGCAUCGACCUGCUGCAGGCCUUCGUGGAGCACUGGAAGGGCGUCACCCACUACUACAUCGAGAGCACAGAUGAAAACACCCCAGUCAAGAAAACAGAUAUUCCCUGGCGGUUGAGGCAGAUGCUGGACAUCCUGGUGUAUGAGGAGCGGCAGCAGGUGGCGGCUGGCGAGGCAGGGCCCUGUCUAGAAUACCUGCUGCAGCACAGGAUCCUGGAGACCCUAUGCACGCUGGGCAAGGCCGAGUACCCCCCAGGCAUGCGGCAGCAGGUGUUCCAGUUCUUCAGCAAAGUCCUGGCCCAGGUGCAACACCCCCUGCUGCAUUACCUCAGUGUCCACAGGCCUGUGCAGAAACUUCUCAGACUUGGUGGGUCAGUCCCUGGAUCCCUCACAGAAAAGGAGGAGGUGCAGUUCACCAGCGUCCUCUGCUCCAAGAUCCAGCAGGAUCCAGAGCUGCUCACCUACAUCCUGGAAGGUAAAAAAAUCAUCAGUAGGAAGAAGGCACCCAGAGAGUCUACCGCCCUGUCCAAAGACUCAGCCUGCCACGCAGACAAGGACCAUUUCCACAGCAGUGCUCCUGACAAAGGAUCCCAGCUGGAUGGGGAGCACUGUGGGGCCCAGGCCUUGAACAGCCACCUGCCUGCUGAGACUGAGGGGCCAGAGAGUGGGACCGGGGAGAGCACCCUGAUCACCUCCCUGCUUGGACUGUGCAAGAGCAAGAAGAGUCGAGUGGCCCUGAAGGCCCAGGAGAACUUGCUGCUCCUGGUAAGUGUGGCCUCCCCAGCAGCUGCCACCUACCUGGUGCAGAGCAGCCCCUGUUGCGUGGCCAUCGCAGAGCACCUUUGCCAGCUGUACCGAUCCCUACCUGCCUUCCUCGACCCCGCAGACAUCGCAGCUCUAGAGGGCAUCAGCUGGAGGUUACCCAGUGCCCCAUCUGAUGAAGCGUCCUUCCCUGGCAAGGAGGCCCUGGCUGCCUUCCUGGGCUGGUUUGAUUACUGCGACCACCUUAUCACAGAGGCACACGCGGUGGUUGCAGAUACCUUGGCAAAGGCUGUGGCUGAUAAGCUGUUUGUGGAGACUCUGCAGCCCCAGCUCCUGCAUGUGUCUGAGCAAAGCAUCCUGACCUCCACCGCGCUGCUGACCGCCAUGCUGCGCCAGCUCCGUUCCCCCGCUCUGCUGCAGGAAGCUGUGGCCUUCCUCCUGGGCCCUGACCAGCAGCCUGCAGCCCUUGAGGACAACCCCCGCACCCUGUGUUCACACCUCAUCAGACACUGCGACCACCUCUCCGACGAGAUCAGCAUCGCCACACUGAGGCUGUUCGAGGAGCUGCUCCAGAAGCCCCAUGAGCAGGUCAUCCGUGACCUGGUCUUGUGCAACCUCGACGGCCGUCUGUACGUGGCCCGGGGCUCACCGGAGCCCGAGAGUUAUGAGGACACCCUAGAUCUGGAGGAAGACCCCUACUUCACCGACGACGGCUUCCUCGACUGCGGCUUUUCACCUUCUGCAAAACCUCGUGCCGCUCCUCCCACGAGUGCCCCUGGCAAGACGGCAGUUACCGAGAUCGUCAACAGUUUCCUCUGCCUGGUGCCGGAGGAGGCCAAGACCUCAGCUUUCCUGGAGGAGACUGGCUAUGACACGUAUGUCCACGAUGCCUACGGACUGUUUCAGGAGUGUAGCUCCCGUGUCGCCCCCUGGGGCUGGCCCCUGGGUCCUGCACCCCUGGACCUCCAUGAGCCCGAACGGCCUUUCUUUGAGGGUCCCUUCCUCCAAGUGCUGUUUGACCGCAUGGCCCGGAUUUUGGAUCAGCCAUACAGCCUGAACCUGCAAGUGACCUCAGUCCUGUCCCGGCUCGCCCUCUUCCCCCACCCCCAUAUCCACGAGUACCUCCUGGAUCCCUACAUCAACCUGGCCCCUGGCUGCCGGAGCCUGUUCUCUGUGCUUGUUAGGGUGAUUGGAGACUUGAUGCAAAGAAUUCAGAGGGUACCCCAAUUCCCAGGCAAACUGCUCCUGGUACGCAAGCAACUGAUGGGCCAGGUCCCUGGGGAGCAGCUGGACCACCAGAUCCUCCUUCAGGGUGUGGUCGUACUUGAGGAGUUCUGCAAGGAGCUGGCUGCCAUUGCUUUCGUCAAGUUUCCCCCACAUGGUCCUCAGCUGAACCUCUCCCCACCCCCGGAAGGGCAAGUCUGAGCCAGGAGCAUGACGGGCAGGUGAGGAGACUCCUGUCCAAACCUCUGCUCAGAAGCUGCCUCCUGCCUGGCUCCGCUGCCACUGCUCUCCUCUGGGUUGCGGCCUCAGCUCCCAGGCCGACUCUGGGAGGCCCUGACCUGUUGACCACAUGGGCCAGGGUUUCAGGGAGUGGGCUUCUGAAGUGCCAAGGAGCGAGAGAGAGAGAUGGCUUCCCAGGCAGUCAGGGUCCUCGGGCCUUCUCGGAGAAUGUGAGUGGUGGCCAGCGAGCGCCCAGACCCUGACCCUUCGGUGUUAUGGGACUAUCCCCUCAGUGCUGUCCCUGUGUGGCCAAGGCCAUGACCUGUGACAGAUAACUCCAUGGGCAAUGGGGACUGAGCUCCUGGCUCCAAGGAACCCAAGCCAGAGAGAUGGGGACCAGAAGCUCUGUCACGAGGCACCAUGGAAGCUGCUGAAAUUUGUCAUUUUUUCUUGCCUUCUUGGCUUGAGCCGUGGAGAAGGGGCAGAGAAGGGGACUGUGGGGGAUCCCCCUCUUCCUGCCCUGCCCUCCUGGA